AUGUAUUUCUUUCUUGUAUUCCUUUGUCUGUGUGUAUCAGCUCACCCACUCUUGGUCGCGAGAGAUAUUAAUCUUGUCAAUGCACCAAUAGUUGUUAACGGUUUGUUGGCGGCAGGAGAGGUGACCUCCUCUACUGCUGCUGUCAUUGUCCAAAUACCUACUGUAGCAGUCUCGACGCCAAGUACAACAACUACGGUUGUGACAUCUUCAGUUUACGCUGCAACAUCUACAACAGCCACAUUACCGACUUCUUCCAAAGCGGCUACAUCUGACAGUACCGAUUUUUACAGCGGGGCCGCAGGCAUUGCAUAUUCACCUUACCAGAAAGACGGUCAGUGCAAGACUUUGCAGAUGGUACAGACAGAUUUGGCGCAGAUCCAGAGUUUUGGUAUUAUUCGCACUUACGCAACAGACUGCGACGUGCUGACCAACUUGAAAGCAUCGCUAGGACCAUCUCAAAAAAUCAUGGUUGGGAUUUGGGACCUGAACAAGAUCUCAGAAAGCGUAAGUGCCAUAUCAGCGGCCUUUGGUGACGAUUUUAGCACAGUGUACGCGGUAUCCGUGGGGAAUGAGCUCGUGAACGCAGGAGAGGCUACUGUCGCAGACAUUCAGAACGCUGUAACGAGUGCCAGAAGCCAACUGGGCGCGAUUGGAUACACAGGUCCGGUUGUGAAUGUCGACACUUUGGUAGCGGUGGUGGCAAAUCCAGAGCUCUGCGCUGUGUCUGAUUUUUUGGCUGUGAAUUCUCAUCCGUACUGGGACGGCAACGUGGAUCCCAGCAAUUGUGGGUCUUGGCUCCAGCAACAGAUUGCAAACCUGCAGUCGAAAUGCGGGUCCGAGAAGCCGAUUUUGGUUACCGAGACAGGGUGGCCCUCACAGGGGGAUUCCAAUGGCAACUGUUGGCCUUCCCAGACCAACAUGGAAACCUGCGUCAAGUCCAUUACCGGUGCUUUGGGGUCACAAGUACUGCUGUUCACUACUUACAACGACUAUUGGAAAAAUCCGGGUCCCCAAAACGUCGAGCAGCAUUGGGGCCUCUUUGGUGAUCCUGAGAAUUGA